AUGUGGGAAGCGUUUCAAAAGCUGGAGGAAACCCAACCGGAUCUGAUCGAGUACAAGUCGAUUAUGUCACCAGUGGCGGUCAAUAUGCUGCAACAGAAGCAGGACUCUGCCAAAGCUGGCUCUCUUGGUGAUCUCAUCAACCAGCUCAUCAAGGUGAAAUCAGCGAAAAGAGAGAGAACGAACAAAGCCAGUCACGAUAAGCAAGUCGGUAGUGCCAAAGCAGAGCCACCGCCGCCACCACAGCUGCCAAAAGAAGUCCUUCAAAGCCCUCAACCUCCAACUCCAGUCCGACUGACUAAAUCGUUGGGUCCUCCGCCGCCUUCCCCAAAAACAAGUGGAACUCAGAAAGCGAAAAGUGAUGCAGAAGUGGAGAAAAGAAGCAAAGCAUUAUCAAAACAGGUGAAGAAAGGUGAAGAAUUGAAAAAGAAGCCCAUCGUUAGUAAGAAGAAGAAGGUGGGAAAAAGCGGUAACGCGAAAGGGGUCAAAGGUGGCAUGAGUAAGGCUAAGGGUAAGAAGAAAGCAGGAAGAAAGAAAAGGUGA